AGCUGCCCGAACCUGCUCGCAGUGCAGCGCGGCGCGGCGCGGCGCGGCCGGAGGGAGCUCGGAGCGCGUAGGCAGCGCCCGGCGCCAGAUCCCUGCAACACUGCAGCUGGUGGCCAGUGGCCUCAGAGCCCCCUGCACCAUGGCAGGUGAGAAGAUUCAUGGUGCACAGGACCUGCUGGACCUCAGCUUCCAGUCCCUAGCUAUGAAGCACAUUGACCUGAAGCAGGCGGAACUGGACACGGCCGUAGCCAAGGUGGAUGAGCUGUCCAAACAGCUGGAAACCCUGUGGACGGACAGCUCGGGGCAGACUGCUGGGCAGCCCAAGGUGGACAGAUACGGCGCCAGCCCCUCGCACGCCCCAGAGCCGCUUCGCUUGGCCACGUCCCCACAGCUUCAGUACGCCAGGAAGAACUUGUCCCUGGAGAGCACCGACAGCUUCAUCUCCUACUACGCUGAGACCUUCUCACCCACCGCCGCCUGCAGCCCACCUGCCAAGGCCCACCCCGCCUCGCCCCAGUCCCCCUUCUACCUGCAGGGCGAGCCCCUGGAGCGGGCCCAGUCACCUCGGCCCAAGGUGCUGCCCGUCUCUUACGACUCGCUGCCCCUGCCCAGCCCCAAGGGACGUGCGCCCUCCCCGCGCUCCCUGUGGCAGGCUGGUGCCACGGAGCGCCUGUCCUUCUCCAGGCCGGUGGGCCGCGCUGGCUCCCCCAGGCUGGUGCCCACCCCCUCUGAGGCCUCGGCGCCACAGAUGUUCUUCCCGGAUCGCGCGAUGUCACCCCGGCCGCCCCACCCGCCGCCCUACGAGAGCCACAGCCUGUUCCCCACUGGGCCCAGCUCCUUCGCCCCCUUCCGGGCCCAAGAUGACCUGGUGAUCCGGCGAAGGCCCCAGAGGAGCUGGAACGAGUCGGACCUGGACGUGGCGUACGAGAAGAAAUCGUCCCACUCAGCCGGCUACGAGAGAAGUGACCUGCAUGCCGGGCUCAGGCAGGCGCCCGCGGGGCUGCAGCUGGCUCCUUGGAGGGAAUCAAGCUUGGAUGGGGCUGCAGGGCAAGGCAAGGACGAGCGCCCCCAGCCUUACGCCAUCCACAGCGCCACGCUGCCCCGCAACUACAAAGUGUCCCUGCUGCCCGGCGAGCGCAGACCAGACAGCUCCUUCCGCAGGCUGCUGCCCGCCACCCAGACGGGCACCCUGCCCCGCAACUGGCAGUUCUCCCAGCAGCCCGUCUCGCGCAUCGCUAUGCCGCCCCCCAGCCCACAUGGCACGCGGGCGACGCGCCACAAGCCCCUGCCCCUCUCCAUGAUCUUCAAGCUGCAAAACGCCUUCUGGGCAUCCGGGGCCUCCAGUGCCAAGGGCCAACCCCAGGGGGCCCCAGGCUCCCCCAUCUUCCUCCGCUCCCCGCAGAAGCAGACCCAGCUCCAGCAGCCGUCUUCUCCGGCCCAGGCGCCGCUGCGACAGGCCCCAUCGGGGACUGAAGCAACAGGAAGGGCCUCAGCCCUUGAAGCACCAGUGGAGCCCGUGCGAGGGGCCCCAGCGGGGGGCGACACGGAGCCCGAGCUGGAGAGCAUCCUGCGGGGCAGCGAGGCGGCAGAGGCGGAGGAGGUGGCUCGCCCCUUGAGCCCCACCCGCCUGCAGCCUGUCCUGCCCCCCGAGGCUCAGAAGGUGCCCGAGUUCGAGGAGGUGGCCCGGGUGCUGGCAGAGAUUCCCCGGCCUCUGAAGCGCCGCGGCUCCAUGGAGCAGAGCCCCGGCCCUGUGCUGCCGCCCGCUCACAAGAAGCAAUAUCAGCAGCUCAUCAGCCGCCUUUUCCAUCACCGGGGCCGCAAGGAGGACGCAGUGUCGGCGGGAGACGACCUGCCACUCAUCACUGAGACAGCUGAGCUGAAGGCAGCAACCCCAGUCAGCCCUGCCCCGGCGCCCGUGCCCCAGAGCCCACCAGCACCCACAGCGUCACCUCAGCUGGCUGUUACGGAGAGCCCCGGCACCUCGACGCCCAGCCCCGACACUCCGGUGCCCAGCCCUGUAAGUGCACCACGGAGCUGUCAGCCAGACACGUCCCCAAGCCCCGGCACCCCGACACCCAGCCCUGUCAGUGCACCAUGGAGCUGUCAGCCAGACACACCCCCAAGCCCCGACACUCCGGUGCCCAGCCCUGAGAAGCGCUCGGCGCUGCGCAAGCUCUCGUCCCCGAGGCGGCGGCUGGGGAAACGGGUGCAGCUCAACCCCCUGGUGCUGCUGCUGGACGCGGCCCUGACGGGCGAGCUGGACGUGGUGCAGCAGGCAGUGAAUGAGCUCAACGACCCGAGCCAGCCCAACGACGAGGGCAUCACGGCUCUGCACAACGCGAUCUGCGGGGCCAACCACAACAUCGUCGACUUCCUCAUCGCCGUGGGCGCCAACGUCAACUCUAUGGACAGCCACGGAUGGACUCCCCUGCACUGCGCUGCCUCCUGCAACGACACGGCCAUCUGCAUGGCCCUCAUCCGGCACGGAGCCGCCAUCUUCACCACCACCUUCAGUGACGGCAGCAUGGCCCUGGAGAAGUGCGACCCCUACCGCGAGGGCUACAGCGAGUGCUUCAACUACCUGGCCGAUGUGGAGCAGAACAUGGGGCUGCUGAACAACGGGGUGGUCUACGCGCUGUGGGACUACAGCGCCGAAUUCCGCGACGAGCUGUCAUUCCGCGAGGGGGAGCCGGUCACCGUGCUGCGGCGCGACAGCCAGGAGGAACUGGACUGGUGGUGGGCCUCGCUCUACGGCCAGGAGGGCUACGUGCCCAAGAACUACUUUGGGCUGUUCCCCAGGGUGAGGCCUCAGCGGAAGAAGGUCUAAUGCGCCAGCACACGGCCCGUCUGCUGCUGCUGCUGCAGACCUGGGAAUGCAGCUGGCACCCAAUGAACUUAGGGUCUGGGGAGAACAUGGGGCUCUGCUGCUGGGAUUCUCCCCUGCUGGGAAGUGCGCCCCUCUCCCAAGGAUUUGGUCAAUUGGCCCCUGGGGGCUGUAUGGAUGGGGGGCAGGGCUGCCAGGGAGCCAGGUGGGCUGGGCAGAUGUCCUGCUGGCAGAGAGGUGGGAUGGGGGGUGGGGUCAUGGCUUUGGUGUGCACUGUGGGGGGUGAGAGCGUUGGUGGGGCCUGGGUCUCACCUUGGCUUCGGUCUGGCCCCGUCCGUGGCUCAUCUGCAUCAGAGACUUGUAUAUGUGACUGCAGGGGGUGGGGAACAAAUUCAAGUUGGUCUCUAAUGAAACUAAACAGUCUGUGCCUUGGGAAAACCCGAGGGCGGGUGAGUGUGGCGGUGGCAGCCUCCUGUGCCAGACCAGGUGCCACUCUGCCCCUCCCCAACCCUGUGGGCUCCAGCCUGUCCCAGUGCCAUGGCUGGGGGAAGGUGCAGGGAGUGGUCGUUUCCUGGCCCAGUCUCAGAGCAGCUGUGGGAAUCACUGGGCCCAGGUGCAUCUGCUUGCCAGCCCUUGCCAGUCGCAGCUAAUGGGCAUACAGGGGGAGAAUCCUUCGAGAGAUGGACAUGCAGCCCAUGGAGACUCUGGGUCCCAGCAUGCAUUGGGGACAGUCAGCUUGGUGACCCCCAGCGGUGAGGUUCUGGGGGCUUCACCCUCACUGGAGCCUGGGCACUUCCACAGAGGCCCAGGCCAAAAAGGCGCAGGGCCCAGCUUCCUCCAGAGUCUGGCAGCACUCCUGGUGCCAGUACAAUGGGCCCUAGGGUGCUGCUGUCCUCCUUACCCGUGGGGCUUGGAGCCCAGCCCCCAUUCAGCCAGGGAGUGGGGAAUGAGGCUGAGCUGAGCCCCACUCUGUGCCCUUCACUCACAGGCCUCUCCUCAAAGAUGUCCCUCUGACCCCCCCACUACCUGCCAGCCUCAGCUCAGCUCCCCACACAGACCCUGGUUCUCUGCCACUCUGGCUGUUUGUUAUGUUGGCGUGAUGCUGAAGUGGGGGGGAAAGCUCUCCAAUCAAUGGGGCAACUUGGAGGUGUGGAGCUGAGUCAGGGAACCCCAGUGCGCUGGGGAUGCAGCUGUGCUGUCCUGCAGCCCUUUGCAUGAAGCCGGCUGCCGGGGCCUGUGCCCCUGUGCGGCUGGCUGCUGUGCACACGGGAGAGGCUGUUACUCCAGCGGUAGAACCUGUAUUUCUCUCCGAUUCCAAGGCCAGACGUGCCUGUUAGAUCAUCUAGUCUGACCUGCUCCGUCACAGGCCAGGGAACUGCCCCAGGGUUACCCCUGUAGGGACCCAAUCGCUUGUGCUUGGCUGAAACGUCUUCCCAAAAGGCAGCCAGGUUGGACUGGAAGAGAUCAGGAGGUGGAGAAUCCACCACUGCCCUGGAGAGUUUGUUCCACUGUUAAAUAUUUGUGCCUAAUUUCUAACUGGAAUGUGUCGGGCUCCAACUUGCAGCCAUUGGUUCUUGUUCUGCUUUUCUCCAUUAGAUUAAAGUGCC